AUGCUCAGCAUGCCCUUUUCUGGUGGAACUGGACCCUCUGAGGAGUCGCUCUGGAGCUCGAGACCAGCCUGCUGGGAAAUGGAGUCCAAGGUCUCUGAAGGUGGCCUGAACGUCACCCUCACCAUCCGGCUGCUGAUGCAUGGCAAGGAAGUUGGAAGCAUCAUUGGAAAGAAAGGAGAGACGGUGAAGAAGAUGCGUGAGGAGAGUGGAGCAAGGAUCAACAUCUCUGAGGGGAACUGCCCCGAGCGAAUUGUGACCAUCACUGGCCCCACCGAUGCCAUCUUCAAGGCUUUCGCCAUGAUUGCCUACAAAUUUGAGGAGGACAUAACCAACUCAAUGAGCAACAGCACUGCCACCAGCAAACCUCCGGUGACGCUGAGGCUGGUCGUGCCGGCUAGUCAGUGCGGCUCACUGAUUGGCAAAGGAGGCUCCAAGAUCAAGGAAAUCAGGGAGUCAACAGGUGCUCAGGUUCAAGUGGCGGGGGACAUGCUGCCCAACUCCACAGAGCGGGCGGUGACAAUCUCAGGGACGCCCGACGCAAUUAUCCAGUGUGUCAAACAGAUCUGUGUGGUGAUGCUGGAGUCCCCACCAAAAGGUGCCACCAUUCCCUACCGCCCAAAGCCCGCCUCCACCCCUGUCAUUUUUGCAGGUGGUCAGGCCUAUACAAUUCAGGGACAAUACGCUAUUCCACACCCAGAUCAGUUGACCAAGCUCCACCAGUUGGCUAUGCAGCAAACCCCCUUUACUCCCCUUGGACAGACCACCCCCGCUUUCCCUGGAGAAAAGCUGCCCUUACAUUCCUCCGAAGAAGCUCAAAAUCUGAUGGGCCAAUCAUCAGGUUUGGAUGCCAGUCCCCCGGCCAGUACUCAUGAACUCACCAUUCCCAAUGAUCUAAUAGGCUGCAUAAUCGGACGCCAAGGGACCAAAAUCAAUGAAAUUCGGCAGAUGUCGGGAGCGCAGAUCAAAAUCGCCAACGCCACGGAAGGUUCAUCGGAGCGCCAAAUUACCAUCACAGGAACCCCUGCAAACAUCAGCCUCGCGCAGUACCUCAUCAACGCCAGGCUGACGUCUGAGGUCACUGGAAUGGGCGCACUCUAA